AUGACUCUCACCAGCCUGCUGCACAUCACAGCUCUGUUCCUGAUGCAAGGGGAUUUUCCAGAAGCUGGAGGUGAAACCAUAACCCUAAAGGAAGGAGAGGACCUGAAUCUCCAUUGCACCCUCAGCAGUGACGAUGGGUCUGCCCGGCAGUGGUUAAACCCUCAUGGGUUUGCCAUUUUCCUCAACACCCAGCGGGCUUUAAGAGAUCAGAGAUACAAACUUAUCCAUUAUUCAAAGGAUGAAUUAUCCAUCCAACUGUCUAAUGUAACAGUGCAUGAUGAAGGUGUAUAUAAAUGCUUCUACUAUGGCAUCCCCUUCAAAAGCAAGAACAAGACUGUUAAGGUAUUAGCUGCUCCUUCUAAUCCAGUACUGGAAGUAUCCAGAGACACAGAAAGAAGUGUUAUACUGUCUUGCUAUACCCAAGGAUGCAAACCACAGGCCCGGAUCACCUGGCUGUUGGACAACGGGAUAGAACUCCCUGGUGACACUAAGCACAAGUUAGAAGCUGAUGGGAAGAAAUGGACCACAAGCAGCACGCUGACAGUCCUUGCUUAUGGGCCCAAUUCAACAGCCAGCUGCAUCAUUCACCACCAAGCACUAAGAGAAGAGAAGCUGAUGACAUCUUUCCAGUUUGAGGACCUUGCUAGGACAGUUCCUUUAGGAUCUGACCAACCAACCAUCACUUCUGCAAUACCAGAGGAUCCACUAGUUCCCAGCUCAGCAGCAACACCAACCCAGCAAACCCUCCAACCAGACGUCACAUCUACUUGGUCUGAGGUUACACCAGCUGCAGCAGGAAAGGAAGGAUUGGCUGGUUCAUCGAGUUCCCAUGUCCCCAGUGACAGAGAUGUGAAAUCUGAAGGCAUGGAAAAGAAAGAGACAAACCUCUUGCUGCCCAUCUUGGUGGCUGCUCUGAUUUUCAUGCUGCUCAUCAUUGUCCUGCUUUUUGUGAGGAAGCUGAAGAAAGCUCAUGGAGUGUGGAAGAGAGAAAAUGAUGUUUCAGACCAGACUUUGGAGAGUUAUAAAUCCAAAUCUAAUGAAGACAGUCCAGGCCAUGAGAAGAACGAACACGGUGUCAAUCAGAAGUCCAACAUGCAAUAUGUAACAGCAGGAUAUGUGGAAACAAUGCAGAAGAAUCCUGAGACAAAACUAUUGCAAUAAAUGAGAAACUGUUU